AAAUUUCUUUGAUAAUCACGUGAUUCUGAAGCAAAAUUCAAUAUGGAGGACGACAGACGUUGCGUUUGGCAUUGAAAACUCGGGUUGUGUAUUAUACCUUUUUGUUAUUGUACAGCUGGCUUUUGUGGGAAUGCAAAGAUAUGGUACAGUGAUGUGAUUAAAAGAGAUUUGACUUAUAUUAACUACGUAAAGAGACGUCAUCAUGCACGGCGGAGGUGGAAUGAUGCUUGUUAAUGGUCAGGGAUAUGGUUCAACAAAAAAAUAUGGAACAGAAACAAAACCAAAAAACCAUUACAUGGACAAUGUACGACGCAUGAGACAAAUACAGAGGAAAAGUAAAGAAAGAGAAGCAGAAAGCCACAAGCCAGUGAAGGCACUGUGGAAGUCAGAAAAGUACCGUGAUAUUCCGUCCCGAGUGAAGGGUGAUAUUGAGCGUGAGCCAGAUGCACCAAGACCGCAAUCUGCAUGUUUCACCAGGGCACAUUCCCGUUCAGGCCCGUCGGUUAAGUUUCCCUCUCGUCCUAGCUCUCCAGAAGUCAAUGUACCAGAGGAAAAACUGACAGUUCCCCGUGCAAGUUCAGCUACUGAUGUCAAGAUGACAAGGAAUAACUUUGACUUCAUAAAGAUUAAUGGUGUAAAUGCCAGGAGGUCCCCAAUAAUGAGGAGUCCGAGUCUCACAGCGUUGGAUGACCUCAAGAAGAGCAGGAAUGAGGAUUUCACAACAAAGCACAAAUUUGGAGAGGUCCCUAAAUAUCUCGCAUCACGGAAAGUGCAAUGGAAAAAGGACGAGGAAGAUCGCAUAGCCAACAUACCAGACCCAGAAAUGCCUCCCGGCCACAGAGCACUGCCAGAAGCUGAGAGACGCACAACACUGAAUCUGCUAAUAAAAAAGGAAGAAGAACUGGUACGGGAAAUGUCAGCAUUACCUUUAAGAAUGGACACUUUUCGAAUUCGUUCACAAAAGCAAGAAAUUGAGAAAAAACUAUCUGAGGUAGAUGAAGCAAAGAAAAUAUUUUCCAGAUCAAAGGUGUUUGUGAAAGUGGACUGAUAGCAACUGCUUUAAUCAUUUUGUUAUGUCUGUAGAUACAUUUAUUUAUUAUGUAGAUACAUUUGUCACUGGUAGGUUCUAUUUUUAUACCCAUUGUUCUUUAUUAAAUUGAUCUGACAUGGUGAACAGCUGUGCUGCCAAUGCCUUCUCAUUGAAAAGUGCUUGUAGACUUGUGACAUGGUAUGCCCAUAUGCACACACAAAACAUAAGUCAUAACUAGUCUCAGCCUGGUUUUUUUAUAUCAUUAUUUAUAGUGUUUUGAUAUUUUAUCAAUUCAUGCUAGUUUCAUCAAUUUCUUGGUAUGCAGCCAGUGAAUUUUAACCAUAUUGAUACUAAAUUAAAUAGCCAUGUUUGUAUUAAAAUUUUAGCAAGAACCUUCCAGUAUUUUUUAAUACUCUAAUUGAAGACUCAAGUCUUCUUUGUUUUGGAGAAUAGGAGGUUUUAUGUCUGUUUAGUAUUAGUGCCUGUCUUUGUAAUUCCUUAUGUUCAAUCAUGAUCUGUAAUCAGGGGCAUUCCUGGUCACUGAUACUACCCAUUGUUUUGAAAAUGUGUAAAUGAUAAUGGCCUAUUUUUUUGGACUGUUAUAACUGUACUAAUGUAGGAUGUGUAUUUCUCCCUUACAUGUAUCUGUAGGUGUAGGAGAGAUCUAUCUAGUUACUUUAGGGUGUAGGAUAUCUGUAUUCCCUAUUGGCAUAGUCAAUUUUGAUGUUACAAAAAAUAUAACUGAAUGACACUUCACAUUUUAUAGUUAGAUGAUGUCACAGUAGCAGGGAGGCUUGUAUAGACAGCAGACUUUUAAACUGAAUAAUAUCUUUAUUUUCAUUUUGGUUUUUUUUUAAAAAGGUCACAAUAUGAUGUAAAAGGAGUAAACUGUACGUACCAGUAGGUGUUAGGGAUAUGAAAAUUGUACCCCAGUGAUCUCCUUAUCCCUCAUGUACUUCCAUGUAGACUUGCAGACUGAUUGAAAUAUCUGAAUUCGACCUGUCUGAUGUCGUUAGGAUGAACCUACCUUUUCUGACAUUGCUUUAAAAUGAAUUAUAAUUUAUGAAAGUGUAUCAUCUUGGAGAUAAGAAAGUUCUUACCAAGAGUGUAGAGUUUAGGUGAGAACCAAGUCAAUGCUGAGGCUCUAAGCCCUAAUUCUACACCCGAGGGUAGAGUUUAGGUGAGAACCAAGUCAUUGCUGAGGCUCUAAGCCCUAAUUCUACACCCGAGGGUAGAGUUUAAAGAACCAAGUCAUUGCUGAGGCUCUAAGCCCUAAUUCUACACCCGGGGGUAGAGUUUCCC